AUGAAAACUUUAAGAUGGUCCGGCAGAGGCCGUAAAUCGUCUACAGCCACGUCAGACAAUGGAGAAAAUGAAAGUCCGCGAGGACACUCUGCAGGCAGCCCAGCACAUUCAGGCUACGGCCACAGAAAAGAUGGACAAUCUACGGUUACUUCGUUGCAUUCGAACUCAACAGCAAAGCGGCCCACGGUGUUUGGAAAAAAUCUAACUUCGUCUCCAUCGUUGUAUCUGUCCGAAAAUAGCAGCAAAUCAUCUCGAAGUCUAGCUUCCAUCAGGGAUGUUGAUGACAUCAAAAACGACACAGCAAGUUAUACAACAAGCUCUCAUGACGACUGCACUACAUUCGCUGAUGAACGCUCAGCUUUGUUUGCGCAAGCUCCUGCUCAGAUAAAUGCAUCGUCUGCCAGUGUGAAAACGAAGCCUUCGCUGUCUCUGAAUGGCGAAAAUUACGAUAAUCAUACUUUCAAAAUUGGCUGGGUGAAUAAAGCAGCGUCUGCCCAAGUGACCAACAAUCGCGACAGCAGAGUCUACGGCAAUGGCGCGUCUCUAGACCCCCAAUCGCUAGGCAGAAAAUCUAUUUCGUACAGACUGCACAGAGCUUCUCUUAAGGGCACGGUGCUGAACCUGUACAAAAGCGGCAUUGGGAAUGUCAAGUUUUUUGAUCCCAACUUGGCACCUCCAUCUCACUUGGCAGAUCAAGCGUACAAGGACCUCGGUUACUCAGGGCCUACGACUCCCACACAACAACAACAUUUAGGCUUGGACGACCCUGAAACCCUUGUAGAGAGGCAGCAAAAAGAUUUGGCUUACUUGAGCUCUGAAUAUCCUCAUCCAGAACUGAAACUAGAUAAAGACGGACGUCUGUUGUCAGGUUCAAACGAAAGUAUAUGCCAUAUGGUUUUGUUUUGCCCGCCUUUGAAUGACGAACACGCAAGAAAAAUAAUUGACGUUCUCCUGAUUUUACCUCUGAUUGACAGGUUUGGCACCAUUUUAGCUAUCUUCCAACUUUUCGGUGUGACGUUUACCAGGCACCGCGCCAAAUUGGUCAAUUCCGCCAGACAACAUCAUCAGAUCUCACCAAAAGCAGACUCACUAAUGACCGAAAGAUUAGCCUUGGUAGUGAAAGUGGUUUUGGAUGUUUUUUCAGGUUUUCUUCUAGACGACAAACUCUUCUCUCAGAUUGUCGAUUUGGUGGACGUAAUAUCAUUGCACGAUGAUGAGAUAUCAACAAACUUGAAGAUGGCAAUCGUUGAAAGGCAAAACAACCUGAGUCAACUCUGUGCGUUUUCUAAGCAGAAAAUUAACGUGGGCGAGGUGCGGCAAUUGACAAGCGUCGAAAACUUUUUGAACUGCGACCAGGACGACUUUGUUAGAGGCGUACAUCAAAUAAACUUGAAAUUUCUGAAAGAAUGGAGUCCACAGAUGGAUUAUUCGCUUCUUUAUGACUCAAGAUUCAACGAAAAUCACGUUCAAAUGAAUCCCACGAUAUUCAAAAAUUCAGAAAAUGUCCAUUUUCUCGGAAGGCUCCUGGUGUCUCACCUGUUUACAAGCCGGGCUAAUUUUUCUCCUGAAAAAACUGCCGAAGUCUUGAGUGCUUGGGUACAGCUGGGCUGCAAGUUUGAAAAGAUUGGAGAUAUGGUGUCGUGGUUAGCAGUUGCCACCAUCGUUUGUUCUAUUCCCGUUUUACGGCUCGUUUCGACCUGGCAAUUUGUCGCAGAACAAACCCUUAGAGUGAUCUUUAAGGACUGGGUUCCAACAAUCGUGCAAUUGGAUAGGCGCCAAAUUGCUUCUAAAUCCACAAACAGUGUUUUCAUCUUGGCGCCACCAAAUUUGAACAACGCUUCAACCAGAGAAAAUGUUAUUCCCUUUUUUGGAGAUCUAUCGAUUACUGCAAAUGAUCUUCCUCCAGAAACGAAGUUUAAAUACCUUGAGAAAAAGAUACACAGAACAAAGAAUGCAUUUUACAAGUGGCAACAACGCAUAGAGCAAGCUAGAAGAAAUGACAAAGUUGCGGCCUCAGACCUCUCCGUGACCUCGAGUGAGUAUUCUGAGAGUACUGCUAGCAUCUAUCAUUAUUGGCGCUUUCAUUUAGACCAAGAACCAAUGAAUAUCGAUAGCAUCAUGGAACUGAGUAUAGCCAUGGAGCCUCCGCGCAUUGACCAAAAGGAGUAUUCGGAUACCAGUUCAAGGAGGAGCGCUCUAUUGACCGGCAGCUACCUUCCAAUGCUUUUCAACCAACUUUUACCGACUUACUCGCUAUUUCCCCGUGAAUCCCUGAUUGGUGCAGCUGGAGUUUCAUCCGGUAGCGGUACAGGCAUUCCUCUCAGCAUAAACACCCAAAACUCAAAAAUGUUUUAUCCCCAGAGUCAAGAUCACGAUCAGAGCGGUAUAACUGGUGUUGAAAACCUUGACGAACCUACCGCAAAGGAAUUAUCCUCAAAAGUCUCCAAUAAGCAAAAGCUACUUAAAUUGAUUAGAGAUGCUUUCAACAUCGAUAUGGAUAUGUUUCAUGUCUCAGAUGAUAUUGUCUUCAAAGCGGUAGACGACAUAGACGGUCGAUCCAGACCUGCCAGUGUUGUCAUCGAAACACCUAAGCGUCUUUCCCAGCACUCAUCAAUAAACACGGGGCGGGAUUCUCAGGACCUCGCGAGGUUGAGCUCAACGAUAGAAACCCUGGACUUUUUCAGCACAAUGGGCAAGUCUUCUUGUUCAAUAAACGAGUCUCAUAUUCAAGUCGUACUCAAGUCGGCAACACUCGAUAAGCUAUUUGAUGUUCUUGUCUUGACGACAAGCGUUUUCUCCAAAGUUGUUGACACUGAGGAUCUAGAGAAUUAUUUGUCGCAUGAGCGGAGGCGGCAAAGUUUGCGUGCCCAAUCACCAGACCAUGCGUCGGUAGGUCCGCUCGAUUACGCUUUCAUUAGGUUGUUGAUGGACAAUGAUGUCUUCACUGAUACUUUCUUCAAUACUUAUAGAAGCUUUACAACCACGACCAUAGUGCUCGAGAACUUGGCCAAGCGGUUCAUAGGCGCUGUAAGUGGCGCUGUAUCCAUUGGUCGCAUCAUGAACAAUGGUCGGCAAAAGUUUGCUAGCGGCGGUAAUUCUAACAGAUUCUCAGGCUUUCUCGAUGUUACAAGUACCAACAGUAAAUUUCCAGCUUGGGACCUCAAAGUCGCGGAGGAAGACGAUGUAAGCUUGGUAUAUGUGGCCAAAAUCCAAAUUGGUGCUAUGGAGGCGUUCCUCCAUUUGGUAAGUUUGCAUUACUCCGACUUUACUGACUGUCUAACCAACAACGCAACAUUUCUCGACAUUUUGAAAAUCAUGGAUCAGGAGGUCAAUGAUGAAUGGAAUAAAAGGCUUGAAGUAUUCGCGAAGACGAAAUAUAUUCAAACUGACUUCCGAGACGAAGUGAGCGAACUAGAGAAUCUGCACUCCACUCUAAAAACUCUGUUCAAAAGACUUAAGUCUUGCUAUCAAAAGCAACUCUAUCGGCCCCUUGGUAUCAGCAAAGUGCAGAGGACAACACAAAACUAUCUGAAGGGUCUUAAAACUGUUCCGCUUAAAGAUUUGGGUGACGGUUCUGGCGACGCUAAUCCUCAGAACAAAUUCUAUGAGACAUUUUCAAGAUUGACCUAUGCUAAUUACAGUGGACUUUCAAGAUGGAUGUAUGAACUGGAUGAAAUCAUUAGUCAUCGCGUGUCGCUUGUGUCCAAUCAAGACUGGGUCGACGUUUCUCAGACUUUGGAGUUAUUUUCAAACAAAUCCUUGAUCUCUCUCUAUCAAUACCCCCUCCAUUCCAUAUCUCAAGCCAUUGUGCAGUCAGCCGGAUCUUACCUAGACGACUUGGAAGUCGUUAAUGUAUUUACCUGGUUGACAACUUUAUCGGCAGAGGACGGUGAGCUUGUUUUCAACAAAUUACCUCCAUCGGUUCAACUUGUUGUCAAACUCUACAGGUCUCUGACAAACUUCUUCAUCUUUCAAAUGGCCAACGCCAGUCACUCAUCCGACAGCAGAGUGAACACAUUCGCGGUCGUUUUACAGCUUUUGAAUCUUGCACAUUGGAAGAACUCAUCGAUGGAUUUAUUUCACGAUAAUAAAAACGACAAGAGCUCUUCAGCGAUUUCGCCUCAUGUUCCAUCUUUUAUAGAGAGCUGCUUGUGCAGUGCUCUCAUAGCCCCGGAGUCGAGAUAUUUCGAAAUGUUUUGGAAAGAAGCCCAUCGCAAGCUGUCCGGCUCCAACGGCGCUGAUACAAAAGACAUUUCGACAAUUUUGGAGCGUGCAGCGGGUCAAAUUAAGAACUUUGUGGAGUUUGAUGAGUCCUUAAUAUCAAAAUCAAAAAACCUCACUCCAUGUCCAGGAUGGUUGGUGACAAGACUUCUUGAGAUUUCACAGUUCGUGCCAAACAUGAGCAUUGAAAAUUCAAAAAUGAUAAAUUUCGACAAAAGAAGGUUCGUGAACAAUGUAAUCAUUAAUUUUAGGGAAAUGCUUCCUUUCUCCUCAGUUCAAGAAACCGCAAUUGAUGGCCAUGUAUUCCACGACAUUGUGGACAUAGGAAAAGCAUUUAGAAAAAUCGCCAAAGAAACAGCAUCUACCGAAGCGAGAGCAAACAAAUAUCAGGCAACGGGGCUGUUCAACAGUGUCAUUAUUGCGGAGGUGGAGAAAGUAAAACGCGAUCAGAAAAAAAUGACUCAGCUCAGCGUACAAGACAAUAAUGCCAAGCGUAAAAAUCUGCUGGAGCAAGCUGUGCGGCAUAGAAAUAGACUGAGCACCUCCCCGUCAAUGCAGGAUGUUGCAGGGACUGUUGUUUCCCGCGAGUCGCAUGUUCCACCUGAAUAUUCUCCUUCCAUGAAAAGAAGUUCAUACGCUGCUAAUGCAUCGCAAAGAAGCUCGAUCAUCUCCAAUACUUCAUCUCAUGGCAAUGGAAGUAUGGGCAAAAAGCUUGGGGGCUUUUUUAGACGUCCUUUUUCGAUAGGUGGGUUCUCCAGCUCUUCCUCUGCACAUGGACUCAACGCAAUACUACUCAGCGGUGUUCAUCCUAAUGGGUCAAUAUCGCCUUACGAGCUUCCUGAUAUAACGUCGAGUGUCUUCAAGGAUAGCAAGCCACUCUACACUAUACGGACUUUCGAAAUAAAGUCUUGUAUUCCAGUUAGUGGCAUAAACAAGCUUCCUCAAACUGAUUACAGCCUGAAAAUUACGAUGAGUAAUGGAGCAGAGCACAUUGUUCAAGCCACUAGCCAAAACGAUAUGAUGGAAUGGUUGAAAUUGAUUAAUAUGUCCAAAAGGUAUUCUUUCCACUCUCAGAAAUACAAAGGCAAAACAUCAAAUAAGAUUUUUGGGGUGCCUAUAGAAGAUGUGUGCGAACGCGAGGGAAGCAUAAUUCCUAAUAUAGUGGUUAAAUUGUUGGAAGAAAUUGAGCUUCGCGGUCUAGAUGAAAUGGGCCUUUACCGUGUUCCUGGCUCCGUGGGGAGCAUAAACGCCUUGAAAGCUGCCUUUGAUGAAGAGGGCGCAGUGAGUAACUCCUUCACAUUGGAGGACGACAGGUGGUUCGAAGUCAAUACCAUAGCCGGCUGCUUUAAAUUAUAUUUGAGGGAGCUUCCGGAUUCCCUCUUUACCAAACAAAAGCUGCCUUUAUUCGUGGGCUUGGCUUUGAGUCACAAAACUAACGAGAUAGACUAUGAACAAUUCAAAAGUAGUGUCAGGGAUGCGCUCAAAAGCUUGCCGCUCCAUAAUUUUCAUAUGAUGAAAAGAACAUUUGAGCACUUGAACCGUGUCGACCGACAUGUCGAAAACAACCGUAUGGAUGCCACCAACCUUGCAAUUGUCUUUUCAAUGAGUUUCAUUGAUCAAGAAGAUUUAGCCUCUAGUAUGGGACCAACAUUGGGGGCAUUACAAACACUUUUGCAAUCGUUCAUCCGUAAACCAGAUGACUUUUUUUAA